AUGGCUCCAAAGAAGAGUACAGUGGUGAAAACCACCAAAAAAACCAUACAAGAAUCAGUUCAAGUUUCAGUAGUCGAUCAAACCACCAAAAAACCAGUCACCAGAGGCGGCGGCGCCACCGUUUCAUCCAAAGAAAAGAUCGAAGUCUUCACCGUAAAAACCCCACAACAAGAAGAAGAAGAAGAAGAAGAAACCCUAGAAGAUGAUGAUGACACCCAACAAGAAGAUAUUGUGAAUGAUGGUAUUGGUCGGGAAAGGAGAGAGAUUAAAGUUCAAGAUGCCAGUACUCCCGGUACUACCAGAGACGGCGGCGGCGGUCGGCGGAGGAAGGCGGCGAGUGGAGAUCCGGUGAAGAAAAAGAAAAAGAGGAGGAAAGUCGGGGAGAUUGGUGGUGGUGGUGAAGGGUAUAAGAGAUAUGUGUAUAGGGUGAUGAAGCAGGUACAUCCUGAUUUGGGGAUAUCGUCGAAAGCAAUGACGAUUAUUAACAAUUUGAUGACGGAUAUGUUCGAGCGGCUGGCGGAGGAGGCGGGGCGGUUGUCGGAGUACAGCAAGAAGAUGACAUUGACGUCGAGGGAGAUUCAGGGGGCGGUGAAACUGGUGUUGCCCGGAGAGCUUGGGAAGCAUGCGGUGGCGGAGGGAACUAAAGCCGUCACCAGUUACAUGUCCUACGGCGGCUGAAGAUCUAUGUUUUAAUUGGGUUUUCAUGGGCUUAUAAGCCGUUAAUGUUGGUUUAUAGUUUAUCUGUAGUGUUAGGUUGGUGAAUAGAUUUAAGGGG